GCAGGAAGAAAGAGGCCUGGAGGUCUGACAGAGCAGGACUUCAGUGUUCAGAUACUCCAUUUCUAAUUGUGAGGGCAUCUAGGGACCUGGAUUUCCCUAUCUCAGGGAACGGGGCUGGCGCCUGCACUCCUCAGUCUGAGGGAGGAGGGAUAUCCAGAUAUCUAAGACUUCCAAACAGUAGCCACUCAGAGGGCGGAGCCUGACUGUACCUGGAGGGGGGCCGACUACACACCCUUUCCUAGGCUGCCUUGGCAUUGUGAGGUAUAAAAGGGCUGAAUUUCCUGGUGAGAUAGUCCCUAAGGGAUUUCCAGCCACCACCUGGAAAUGAGUCCCGCACCACUGCUGGCCUUCUUGGGGGUCACCUUCUUGCUGCCCGGUGUCCAGACACUGAACUGUCAGUGGGGUACAACAGAGAUUGUGAGGAAUGUAUCACAGCUGCCCCUCACGUGGACAUCUUCCCAGACAGCCUGUGAGAUCAACGAAGGUUGCCAAGAAACGCUGUUACUUAUAGAAAAUGGACCCCAAGUGAGCCUGGUACUCACCAAGGGCUGCACUGCACAAAAGGACCAAGAGGCCAAAGUCACCGAGAUCUGCCCAGCAGGGUACACUCACUGCUACAAUGGAGUGGUCAAGUUUAUAGGAGGGGGCAUUGCCAGCAAUCUGAGAGUACAGGGCUGUAUGCCCCAGCCAGGCUGCAACCUGCUCAAUGGGACCCAGCUAAUUGGGUCCAUGGAUGUGACUGAGAACUGCAGUCCUAGAUCAGCUAUUCAGACCUGUAACAGAGGGACCAUGUUGCGGAUUGCGGCAGGCUUGUCUCAAAAACCGGUGGAAUGGACAACAAAUCAGGAAGAGAACUGUAACCCCGGGGAGGUGUGUCAGGAGACGCUGCUGCUCAUAGACGUAGGACACAAAUCGCUCCUUGUGGGGAGCAAGGGCUGCAGCAGUCCUCAGAGACAGGAUGCUCCGACUGUCUUCAUUCACUCGGGGUCCCCUGGAGUGCUCGUCGCCUCCUAUGCCUGGUUCUGCUCCUCCAUCCUGUGCAACAGCGCCAAAAGUAGCAGUGUCCUGCUGAACUCCCUCCCCAGGCCAGCUGCUUCUGCGCCAGGAAGCCUGCAGUGUCCUGUCUGCGUGCAGUUUGGUGGAUCCUGCUCACAGGUUUCCAACUUCAUUAUCUGCCCUAAUGGUACCAAUCACUGUUAUAAAGGAGACAUUUACACCCGUGGAGGUGGAGUCUCUGCCACAUUGGCCGUUCAAGGCUGCAUGCCUGAAAGUUCCAAAUCCUUGUUGAAGGAAGCCCAGAAGAUUGGGAUCUUCUCUGUGAAUGAGGACUUCGAGGGGAAGACGAAAGACCCUCUUCCACCAAGCAGCAGUGCCCCUGCUCCCUACCUGGCUUUGGUAGCGGGCCUGGGGUUACCUGUAGCUUUUUGGUGUGGGGGUUUUCUCCUCCCUGUUAAAUCCAUUUUUCCAUGAUCCUUAGCCCCUACUGACCACCCAAACCUUGUAACCUCAUAACCUUCUGCCCUUUGGGACACCAAAUUAUUUUCCCAGCCAUGAAUUAUCAUGUCUCCACACACCUACACACUCUGCCACCUGAUAAUGACAUACAGGAAAGCCUGGAAGCAGCUGAACUUGUCCCUAUGGAAAAGGGGACAUUCAAGUAUGGGCCACAUGUAAUAAAGACCCUGUCCUUUCUCCUAAUACUCAGAUUUCUGUAUAAGGGGAAGGCAGGACAUGAGAUAGAAAAGGAGUUCAGGGAGAGAAUCUCCAAGGUCUGCCCUCUGAUGGUCUGGUCCACAUCUUCAUUCCAGCGUGGGUGGCAACAGAGCCCUCAAGGUGAUGUAGCCAAAAGUAUUUUGGCAUCGCCUUGGCAUGGGAGAUGAAGGUGCACUGUGACCACGAACUUCUUUAUUGGCCAGGCUCCCAGCACAAACCAGGGGCUCAUCUCAGCUGAGUAACUGGAAGAUGGGUUAGUCAGGGGGAUAAUGGAUGUAAGGGGUCAAGAACAAAAGGGUUACCACAGUUCCCUAGGGCUGUUACUGUUGGGUCUUUGCUACAAUCCUAGGCCUGAAAGGGUGAAGAGAAGGAGUCACUGCUGGAAAGAGAGAGUGCUUUAGAAAUAACUGCCUUACAGGACCUCUGAACUCAGGCUGAAAAACACAUCCAGCUUGUGACACUAUAGGGAGGAAGCUGGGGAAUGAAUAUUCCAACGCCACUCAGGGUCCUCCCUCUGGUCUCCUGUUGGGGCCCUGCCAUUAGCUGGACCCAGCUGGAAGAUACAAAGCAGGACAUCUCGCUGCUGUGGUCCCCACAGGUCAGCCAAACACAGCACAGAGAAGAGGAAUAAUGGGAGGACAGUGAACCUGCAGAAGGAAUCAGAAAUUGUCAGCCACAGUUCACUCUUUCCUGCUCAGCAUCCACCCUUUUCCUCUGUCCUUGGAGGUCAGAGUCCUUAGUACGGAAGACACAUACAUCCAAUGAAUUAUCACACAAUUAUCAUAAAUGGUGUGACAGUGACAAUAAAGUCAUGCUCAUAAGGUGAUGGACCACCAGUCAUCAUGAGAGGAACACGAGGAAGGAGAAAACUUAGAACAGCUGCUAAAGUCCUGGUUGUGUAAUUGGGUGCAAUUAAAGGCUCCUUCUUCCAAUACUCAUUCUGUAUUCCCUUGCCACCUGCCAGAAUGUUGAUACACAAGCCAAAUCUUCAUUCAUAUAGGGAGUGGGUAUUGAAUGAUGUUGUCUUUAUUGAUUUUUCACACUUUUCCAGUGAAUGAGGCCUGAGCCAAGGAAAUAUUCCCAAGGAACUGCCUGUCCUCCAAACAGUCUCCCUGACACAUUAACCCAACCUCCUUCUGUUAAUCAGCUUCAGUCACUGAGCAAUAUGGUAGGCCCCUUUUCGGUUGGUUGUUCCAGCAGAUGAGGCACACAGCAUAGCUUGAGGACACACAUAUUUCUAUCGAUAAAAAAGCUCCGAGAGGAUUCUUCAUUCAAACAAACACAGGGCCAGGUGCGGUGGUGUAUGCACAUAAUCCCAACACUCAGGAGGCUGAGGC